GCGCGGGCGCGCGGGAGGCGCAGGGGCUGAGUCCCUUUCCACCUGCCGGCGCGAGCGCAGCGCCAUGGGCGGCCGCCAGCCGGGGGACCGCCGGGCUGAGCCCCGCUGAGCCCACCGGGCCGGCCAUGGGCGACCGCGAGCGCAACAAGAAGCGGCUGCUGGAGCUGCUGCAGGCGGCGGGCACCGGCAACUCUCACUGCGCCGACUGCGGGGCGGCGGAUCCUGACUGGGCCUCCUACAAGCUGGGCAUCUUCAUCUGUCUGAAUUGCUCCGGCGUCCACCGCAACUUCCCAGACAUCAGCAGAGUUAAAUCCGUGAGACUUGACUUCUGGGAUGACAGUACCGUGGAGUUUAUGACCCACAACGGGAACCUCCGUGUGAAGGCCAAGUAUGAAGCCAGAGUCCCUGCUUUCUACUAUAUCCCCCAGGCCAACGACUGUCUGGUCUUAAAGGAACAGUGGAUUCGAGCUAAGUAUGAAAGACAGGAAUUCAUGGCCGAUGGGAAAACCAUCUCACCCCCAGGUAACCGAGAAGGGUUCUUGUGGAAGCGGGGAAGAGACAAUGCACAGUUCCUGAGAAGGAAGUUUGUUCUCCUGGCAAGAGAAGGCCUCCUGAAAUACUAUACUAAAGAAGAGGUUAAAGGCCCCAAAGCUGUCAUCAGCAUCAGAGACUUGAAUGCCACCUUUGAAACAGAGAAGAUAGGGAACCCCCACGGGCUGCAGAUCACCUACAGGAGAGAGGGCCACAUCAGGAACCUGUUUGUGUACCACGAAAGUGGGAAGGAGAUAGUGGACUGGUUCAAUGCCCUCCGUGCAGCCCGUCUGCAGUACCUAAAAACGGCCUUUCCUGAGCUCCCAGAGUCUGAGCUCGUGCCCCUCAUCACCAGGAACUACCUCAAACAAGGCUUCAUGGAAAAGACGGGCCCAAAGCAGAGAGAACCUUUCAAGAAAAGGUGGUUCGCCCUGGAUCCCCAGGAGCGGAGGCUGCUCUAUUACAAGAACCCACUGGAUGCCUUUGAACAGGGCCAGGUUUUUCUUGGGAGCAACGAGCAGGGGUAUGAUGUAUAUGAAGACCUGCCCAAGGGCAUCCGAGGGAACCGCUGGAAAGCUGGCCUCACCAUCAUCACCCCUGAGCGGAGGUUUGUCUUCACCUGCCCCAGUGAGAAGGAGCAGCGGGAAUGGCUGGAGAGCUUUCAGGAGGUCCUCUCCCGCCCCCUGACGCCCCUCAACCUCCUCGUAGGACUGCAUUGCCGUGGUUAUUGGCUCAGCUCUCUUCUUGUUCCUCUGGCAGCUGCAUCAACAGAGGGCAGCCACGGCCGCAGGUGACCCAUUAGCUGAGGAGCUGGCCACUGGUCACCCGAAGCUUGUGGUGGGAAGGACAAGUUCUCACCUUGGCCUGGGUUGCCCAGCUGGAGGGCCCCAUAGGCAACAGCCAUCGCCGGCCAUGAACUCUGCCAAGACUGAAGCUUUGGCCUUUACCUGUUGGCUCCCCAGGCCUUCCCACUGCCCAGCCCUGGGGGUCAUGGGGCUCUGGCACAUGUCCUCAAGGCCCAGGACAUCUGAAAUGAAGGCACCGCAAUGGAAAGCCACCCACCGUGUCAUGCAAGUGGCAUUUUUGCUCAAAGAGAAAAAAAGUUUAAUCUGGAUCUAACCAUGAGGAACUAAUCAGACAAAUUCACAUUAGAGACAUUCUCUGAAACAGCUGGCCUGGACUCUUCAAAAGUGUCAGUAUCAUGAAAGGAUAAAGUAGUGAGGAAAGGGUUCUAGAUUUAAAAAGACUAAGGAGGCAAGAAAAUGCAAUUCAUGAUUCUUGACUGGAUCCUGGAUUUUUAUGAUUUAUUUUUUUAAAGAUUUUUAUUUGUAACUAAUCUCUACACCCAACGUGGGGUUCAAACUUACAACCCCGAGAUCAGGAGUCGCACACUCUCCUGACUGAGCCAGCCAGGCUCCCCUGGAUCCUGGAUUUUUACAAAGCAGCUAUAAAAGACAUAAUGGAGAUAACUGGGGAAGUUUGAACAUGGAUGUAUACUAGCCAAGAGUGUUGUAAAACUGAUAAUUAUGUUGUCUUUGUGUAGAUUGUUCUUGUUCUUCAGGGAUACGUGCUGAAGUGUUCAGGGGUAAAGUGUAAUAAUUUUUAGUCUACAACUGUCUCUGAAAUGGUUUGGCAAAGAAUAAGUGUAUGUGUACAUGUAUAUAUAGAGUAUAUACAUAUAUAUAUGUAUAUAUAUAGUGUGUAUAUACAUAUAUAUAGUGUGUGUGUAUAUGUGUAUAUAUAUAAGAUAGGAAAUAUAUAUACAGGGAAAGAGCUAGAGAAAGCGAGCCACUCUGCAACAUGUUAGCAGCUGAUGAAUCCAGGUGAAGUAUAGACGAGUCUCUAUUGUCCUUUUUGUGCAAACUUUCUAGAGAUUCAAAAGUGUUCAAACUUAAAAGUUGGAAGUGGGGGAAACUUUUAAAGAGACCAUCCACUUCUCACUCUUCAAAAGCACUGUUUUUUCUACAUGAAUCAAAAAUGUCCGUGGCAAAGUCCCAUCUUUGUGCACAUCUGAGAAGAAAUUAAAACCCAGAUUAAUAAACAGAACAAAACUUUCUGGGAAGAAAGAAGCAAGCCAAGGAGAACCCCACUGGACCCCAGGGCAGAGAGAGAGCCAUCCAGUCGGCGUGCCAGCUCUGGCUUUGCCACUAACUUGAGAUUGUUGGACACCUCACCUUCCUACCUAUGUGCCUUGGUUUUUUGCUUUCAAAUGAGGAAGUUGUACUAACUAUUGAAAUGCGAUGCAAGCAACACAUACUUUUGAGCAGCCCCCCCGGUGCCAGGUUCUGUGCCAAGCCCUGGGAACAGGGCAGGAACCAGAUGGUACCUGCUGUCACAGAUUAUAGGCUUCUGGAAGGCAACUCUUAUACAGGGUGGGACAAUAGCACACGUGUCCAGAAAGGAAAAUACAGGCUGCUGUGGGAGCAUGCAACACAGGGUUACCCCUAAGGAGGGGGAGGGGGGGGCCUCCAUCCUCUCCAGAAAGUGAUGUUAAGUUGAAACCUUAAAAGUAUUUAGAGGUUAGUCAAAGGGAAGAGGGUGAGGAAAACGCUCGUCUGAGGGAAAAAAAUGUUCAAAGGCCCUUAGAUGGCAAAGAGGAACCGAAAGAAACUUGGAAAGGCCGAAAUGUUAGAGAAAUAGAUCACCGAGGUCCCAGCUCUAUGAUUCUUUGUCCUUCAGGUGACGUGCAGAAAGACACUUAGCGUUCUCUCUUCAUUUUGGUGGAGACCCAGAGGGCUGGGAGCGUCUUAUUCUCUGCUUUUUGUGGGGGUUUCCUAUGGAUCCCCCAGAGGGCUAGCAAAGUUAUUGGAGUGUCUUUGUUGAGGCUUCCUGACAGCCCAGACAUGAUGUGGGUGCUCCCUCUUCUGGCUCCUAAAGCACCUUGAAAAUGUCUGUUUCAACACCUGCUGGGUUGUAUAUUAAGGGUCUGCUUUUUUUUUUUUUUUUUUUUUUUUUUUUAAACUACCGGUGAGCUCUGUCUAGAGAGGAA